AUGACAAAAAGGCUACCUCUCAGUUGUGAAAACUGUCGACGGAGAAAGAUACGCUGUUUAGGAUCUGGGGUGCCCUGUGAUACCUGUCGAAAGCGUGGCGUGGCGUCGACAUGUCAGUUCAAGCGCGAGGUUGAACAAAAUCCCCAGCCAGAGCGACAUGAAACGAAGCAUGAGGAACUUCUACAGCGGAUUUCAGACUUGGAAAGUCUACUCAUUCGAAAUAUUGAAGUUACCUCGGCCUCCAAGGCUCAUAAUCACGCACUCCGCUCGCCCGUGUCCCAUGAUGAUCUCCCUCCAUCGCAGGACGAACUAUCUGAGAUUACCGUCUCGGAAUAUAUGCAGGACCACCAUGCCAACCAAAGGUACAUCGAGUCUCAACGUGGGGAAUUUGGUAAUAUUAUCGCAUCAUCGUCGGGCCAUGUGCGAUAUGUUCCUUACAGUACCUCUCGCGACCCUGAUGCUUUCCAUUCGCUGCAGAACCGAUCUCAAUUAGAAUCACCGAGUGGCGCUUUUUUAUUCACCGAUACGCUUCCCAGCAUACAGAGCCUUUUAGACAUAUUGCCACCAUUUCGACAUUGUGACGAACUCCUUGGCGUUUUUCUCGAUGUAUUCUCCCCUCUCUUCCACAUUCUCCACGACGGGACCUUCCAUUCGAAUUAUGCCAGAUUCAAACAGGACCCUAGAAACUCCCCUGUGUCUUUUAUUGGAUUGAUCUUUGUUGCCCUGGGGCUGGCUGUCACCGCUAUUGACAAAGAAAGCCCCAUCCUAGCAGACUUGGGUCGAGAGGCUUCCACGGCAGAAAGCGCGAGGAUAUUGGCAGCAAAAUACCGACAGGCGGCAAUGAAAUGCCUGGCCGCUGAUAACUUCAUGUGGCAGCAUAAUCUGCACACUCUGCAAUGCCUGAUUCUACUUAUAUAUGCGAUCAAUCAUGCCCAGGGCCCCGCCUGGGCCCUCCUUGGAACGACGCUUAAUAUUGCCAUUGCCAUUGGGUGCCAUGUUGAUCCUGCGCUUCUUGAUUUGCCUCCUAUUGAGGUACAAGAGAGAAGACGAGCGUGGGCAGGAUUAAGGAUGCUUUACACGAUUCAGAACACCUGUCUGGGUAAUUUGGCCCCAUUUCAAGUCGAGAAUAAUGUCCAACUGCCGGCAGACGUCGAAGACGAUGAGAUUGGCGCACACUCGCUCCAUGAACCUGCGAAUGAACGCGAGACAUCUUCGAAACACAAAAGUCCCACUAAAAUGUCUUAUAUUUUGUUCAAAUUCCGUCUCUACUCUCUGGCAUCUGAGAUAUGCGCUCUGAGCACGAAAGGGCCCACGUCCUGCACGGACAAGAUACACGCAUUGGAUGACCAGCUUCAGACUGAAAUGUAUGCGCAGGCAGAACGCUUCCACGAGCAACUCGGUCUGCCGACAUAUCAUCAAGCACAUUCAUUCAUUUUAAACAAUUACACUAACCAUCUAGUUCUACUCUUGCAUCGGAUCUAUCUCUUCAACCCAGAGGGAACAGAGGACGAGAAUCUGACAACAAGCUACGCAAAAUGCGAGCAGGCUGCUCUCGCCAUCCUUUCAAAUUACGAAAUCCUCAGUCUACGACUUGAAUUCAAACCAUACAGCUGGUAUAUCCAUGGCCUGGGGUCAUUCCACGCCUUUCUAGCAAUAUCGACCCUCCUGGUUCUCCUGGGAAAGCCCCGAGCUCCCCAAAUCCCCAAACAUCUCAUAUUGCAAGCCGUUCAAAGUUGCCUCCAGAGAUUCCAUGACAAUACCCCAUCCAGCGAGAUAUGUAGUCGCGCUUUCUCAAUACUGGAUCCAUUGACGGCGGGAGAGCUUCUCCAAUCUGCCCCAAUCCUCGCCUUCGCGGAUGAUAAAUGUGAUUCAAGAGGUACUGCAAGUGGGGUCGAAGCCAGCAACGAGUCUAUGACAAUAGACACAAUCGGUUCAUCCGACAACUUCGAUUCAACUUUCUGGUCAUUACCAGAAAGCUUCGAGGACAUAGUGUCAAGAAUUCCAUGCGAGCAGUGGCUUUCUCCGGCAGGAUUUCCAUGGACAGAUUGA